UAUAAAUAUCUUCUCCUUCCUCUUCUUCUUCUUGUUCCCUUCCCUCACAUUGCUCUCCUGCUUCAUCCUCUUUGCUCUCGAGUCAAAAUUAGGGUUAGCUGACGCGUCUUCUCUCUCUCCAGAGUAUAAACGUUUGUGUGGAGCUUUUUCAGAUUCAUCAAUGGAGGUAUUUGGAAAAUCUCCCAUGGUCACCUCUGCCAAUGUUAUUUACUUAUCUGCGAUUCUAGGUCGCGAUACCGACGAGUCUCACAAAUGUGACUGUAAAUGCGAGAACGAAAACGUUUGCGGGAACAUGUACCGCUGCAAACUAACCGGACUCACCCACGUCUGCGACUACAACUGUAACCAGAGGAUCCUCUACGACAACCACACCUCUCUCUGCCGAGCCAGCGGCAGAGUUUUCCCUCUCUCGCCUGCCGAGGAGCAGGCGGUUAGAGGUGUGAGGAGGAAGCUUGACAGCAGCGAGAGCGUUCCUUCUUCUGAGGGUUGUUCGUUUAAGCGUCGUCGGCAUGGUUCUUCUCCUUUUGAGAGGUCUUUCACUGCUGUGAGUCCGAUAUGUAGCCCGGCUGGAGACGGGAUGGAGUUGAGUUAGAUCCUUGUUGAUGAUCAUCUCCUCUGUUUCUGAGACCUGAGAGAGGCUCUUUUUAUCUUACCUAGUAUAACUUACUUUUAUCUUUUUUUAUCUUUUUUUGGACAUCUAUGGAUAAGAGACACAUGUGCUAUUGCUCUGACAGGGAGGGUCUAGGCAUCUUCCCUGUCUGAAAAGAGAGCUUUAUCUUUAGUAUUGAUGAAAUUUAUGUAGGAGAGACUUUAUUA